AAGGAGGGAGGGGGAGAGGGCGGAGGCAUGUGCACCCGUGCUUUUUCGAGGAUAUUUCCCCUUUGUGCCAGCGAUGGCAUGUACUAAGAGUCUUAGAAGAGGCCCUUAAGGCCGAAAAAGGGGCGGAAAGAGUGACGGUAGUAGGAGGAGGAGGGAAACCCGGAGAAGGAGCAGGAGGAGCAGGAGGAGCGGGAGGAGCAGGAGGAGCGGGAGGAGCAGGAGGGGGAAACAAGCAGCUAGACAUGGGUGAUUUCGGCCGGCUCUACUCGCUCCUCCUGGGGCUCUUCUCCUCAGUUAGUGGGUCAUCAGGGAGAGUCCUCCCUCUCCUCAACGUCCUGGCUUUCACUCGGCAGGUGCUCACCGGCCUCUGGCACUGGGUAGUCGCCCACUGCCGUAUCUCUAUCUCUCAAGCCUAUGUGGGGGCGGGGUCUGCUGGUAACCCGCAGCUUUCCUCCUCUUCUGCUGCUGCUGCCUCCACUGCUGCUGCAUCUCCCGCUUCCACUGCUGCUGCUGCUGGUGCUGGUGCUGCUGGUUCUGGUUCUGCUGCUGCUGGUGCGGGAGCGAGAGGAGGUUCGGGCAGGAGGAGAGGAAGGUCAGGGAGGGGAUAGGCACAGGCAAGGGGGAGGGGUAGCCGGUUCUUUUCAGCUGCCCCAGUUCUCGGGCAGCUGGUUCCCUAGGUCGUUUUUGGAAGGGUAUGGGGGAGGAGGGGAGGGCGGUGAGAGGAGGGCGGAGGAGGAUGAGUGGGCCCCACAAGGAGGAGCAGCAGGAGGUGUUGACCGCAUGCAGACAGAGUCUGCCGGCCAGGGAGGGCCGCACGGGACUGCAAGUGAUGAUGACUCUGUGCUGGCUGCGUUGAUGGGUGGGCGGCAAACGGGUCAAACGGGUCAAACAGGUCAAUCUGGCCAGUCGGGUCAAGCAGGGUCAACGGCGGCCCAGCGGUGGUCAACGUUUCUCUCCUCCACCUUCCAGAGACGAGCGGCAGAGGCGCAGAGAGGAAGGGUUGGAGGGGGAGGAGGAGGGAGGACGUUUUGGGAGACUUCAGCGGGUGACUAUAUGGAGGAAGAUUAUGAGGAUUGGGAAGGCGAAGGGGAAGGGGAGGAGAGAGUGGGAGCGGAGGCAGUGGGAGAGGGAGCAGUGGGAGGAGGGGAGAGGUGGGACGUGGAGGGGAUGCGGAAGGGGGCGGCGGGCGUGGCGGCAGACGUGGCGGUGGUGAUGACAGUGUUCUGCAGGGCGUAUGCCCACCUGCUGCUGGUGCUGGACGAUGAAGAGUUCUACCAGCGACAGAUGCCCUUCUCUCUCUCGGAGCAACGAGUCAUUGCCGCCACACUCAACACCCUCGUCUACAACACUCUCAUCUCCUCCCCCUCCUCCUCUUCCUCCUCCUCCUCAUCCUCCUCCUCUCUCACUCCCUCGCAAUCCGCGCUCCUAGAAGCCGCCACGCGCUGCCUCCUCCCUCUGCACGACCGGGACUGCAGAAGGGCCUUCUGUGAACCGGCCCUCUGGCUCGCCCCGGCUGAUCGCCGCCCGCCUCCUGUCAUUUCAGCAGCAGGCGCAGCCAGGCACCAUGGGGUAGGGGGAGAGGGGGGAGGGGGAAUGGGGGUACAGAUGGAGGAAGGGGAGGAGGACUGGGAGGUUGGGGAGUGGAUGGGGGAACUAGGCACAGGCGUAACUGGUGGGGGAGGCGCGGGAGGGGGAGGAGGAGGAGGAGGGAGAGGAAGAGGAGGUAUGGAUAAGGGGAAGGAGCAGCAGGGUGGGUCAGCAAUGGCAGCUGUUUUGAGGACGCUGCCUCACGUGCUGCCGUUUGAGAAGAGAGUUCACAUAUUCCGCGAGUUGAUUCAAGUGGAUAAGGCGAGGAACGGGUUGCGUAUUGCACCUGGGGCUGGGAUGGUGAGGCCAGUGGUGGACGUGUCUGUUCGGCGCGACCUGCUGGUGGAAGACGCUUUCGUCCGCCUCAACCAGCUGGGCCCCAUGCUCAAGGGCCGUGUGCGGGUGUCAUUCGUGAACGCGUUUGGAGCGGAGGAGAUAGGCAUGGAUCAGGGCGGACUGUUCAAGGAGUUCCUCACUGACCUCGCUAAGGCAGCCUUCGACCCGGGGUAUGGUCUUUUCCUCCAAGCAGCAACUGAAGAAGGCUAUCUGUAUCCCCAUCCGGCAGCAGCAGCGCUGGGCCACGGCAUUCCGAUGGUGGAGUUCUUGGGGCGCAUAGUGGGCAAGGCGCUCUAUGAGGGCAUUCUCCUGGAGUACAACUUCGCGCCCCUCUUUGUGUCGAAGCUCGUUGGGAGAUACGCGUUCCUGGACGAGCUCUCCUCGCUGGAUGUGGAGCUCUACCGCAACCUCAUGUACCUCAAGCACUAUGAAGGGGACGCAUCAGAGCUCGCAUUGGACUUCACAGUCACAGAGGAGGUACUUGGCGAGCACAGCAUAGUGGAGCUGCGGCCGGGCGGCAGCCACAUCGCAGUGACCAACGAGAACAAGCUGCAGUACAUCCAUGCUGUGGCGGAUUACAAGCUCAACCGUCAGAUGGCAGCAGUGGUGGCGGCGUUCCUCAGGGGCCUCUCGGACCUGAUUCGGCCCGAGUGGCUGCGGCUAUUCAGCCCCAAGGAGUUUAACCAGCUGCUGUCAGGCGGGGAGCAGGACGUGGAUGUGGAGGACCUAAGGGCCCACACGCAGUACUCUGGGGGGUAUUCGGACAGCGACCGAACCAUUCAAAUGUUCUGGCAGGUGGUGGCUGGCCUGUCAAGGGAGGAGAAGAGCCAGCUACUCAAAUUCGUCACCAGCUGCUCGCGACCUCCCCUGCUGGGGUUCAAGCACCUCCACCCGCCAUUGACCAUACACAAGGUUAACGUGGAUGCAUCCAUGUGGGCUACACUAGGUGGGCCGGAUAUAGACUGGCUGCCCACUGCUUCCACAUGCUACAACCUUCUCAAGCUUCCCACCUACCAACGAGCCAGCACGCUGCGCGAUAAACUCAAGUAUGCCAUUUCCUCUGGGACCGGCUUCGAGUUGUCCUGAGCUUGUACCAGGUUACUGUAGAGGUCUCUUGUGCCGGCAGCCGCACAUUUCACAGAUUUUGCAGAUACAUGAUGACUUUAUGCAGGACUUAUGUAGCAAAUAGUUUUUUCUCCUGCAACACCCCUACUGUACAGUACAAAUUGGUAUAAACAAUACUAUAGCCUUCUAUGGUAAAUGCUUCCCUUGGAAUAAAUGAUAUAUUUGAAAUGCUAGUAUUU